GAGCCGCGGGUUUCCUGAGUUCUUGAGGGAGGAGGAUCCUCCUCGCUGAGCCAUCAGAUCCUGUCAUCGACACCCUCGAAUCAUGGAGCUGAGAACUGAGCUUUUAAAAUCCAUUUGGUACGCCUUCACGGCCUUGGACACGGAGAAAAGCGGCAAAGUGUCCAAAUCUCAGCUGAAAGUGCUCUCUCACAAUUUGUACACUGUACUUUGUAUACCUCAUGAUCCUGUGGCACUGGAGGAACAUUUCAGGGAUGAUGAUGAUGGGCCAGUAUCAAGCCAGGGAUAUAUGCCGUAUCUCAACAAAUACAUCCUGGACAAGGUAGAGGAAGGUGCUUUUGUCAAGGAGAGUUUUGAUGAGCUUUGCUGGACGUUGACAGCAAAGAAGAAUUACAAGCCAGACCGGAAUGGGAACAGUGUUAUAUCCCAUACAGAUGCUUUCAAACUCUGGUGUCUCUUUAAUUUCCUAUCUGAAGACAAGUACCCUCUUGUUAUGGUUCCAGAUGAGGUGGAAUACCUUCUGAAGAAGGUCUGUACAGCCAUGAACAUUGAGCUCAACAGUGGGGAGUUAGAUGACUACCUAUCUCAAGAGGCCCUGCAGCAGAGCGGUUUGACAGUCUGGCAAUUCCUGGACUUGGUAAAUUCAGGCCGGUUCCUACGGGGGAUUGAGCGUGAGGCCAUCAGUAUGGCUGUUGAAGAGGUCUACCAGGAGAUCAUUGGGGAUGUGCUCAAACAGGGCUAUUUAUGGAAGAAAGGCCAUUUGAGGAGGAACUGGUCUGAGCGAUGGUUCACCCUAAAGCCCAGCGAACUUUCUUACUACGAGAGUGAGGAACGGAAGGAGAAAAAAGGGAGCAUUUCUUUGGACAGAAAUUCAUGUGUGGAGAUCUUGCCUGACAAGGAUGGGAAGCGAUGUAUGUUCUGUGUGAAAACGGCUUCUCGGACAUAUGAAAUGAGUGCCUCGGACACCAGGCAGAGGCAGGAGUGGACACUUGCCAUCCAGGUGGCAAUCCGCCUACAGGCAGAGGGCAAGAAGUCUCUGCACAAAGAUUUAAAGCAGAAGCGGCGGGAACAACGAGAGCAGCGAGAGCGAAAGAAGGCCGCCAAGGAGGAGGAGAUGCAGCGCCUGAAGCAGCUGCAGGAGGAAAAGGAGCGCAAGUUGCAGGAACUGGAGUUGCUGAAGGAGGCCCAGAAGCAAGCUGAGCUUCUGCUCCAGGAGGAAGAGCAGCGGCGCCAGCAGCAGCAUGAGGAGAUGCAGAAGAUGCUGGAGAUACAGCUGCGGGAAGCUGAACAGGCUCGUGCUUCCAUGCAGGCUGAGAUGGUUCUGAAGGAGGCAGAAGCUGAACGUCAACGCAAGCGCAUUAAAGAAUUGGAGGAGAUGCAGAAACGACUCCAAGAUGCGCUACAGCAGGAAGUUAGAGCUCGUCAAGAUGAAGAGGCUGUGAGAUAUGCACAGGCCAGGCUGUUGGCUGAAGAGGAGGACAAGUUGAAGCAGCUGAUGAAGUUAAAGGAAGAGCAGGAGGAGUACAUCAUCCAGGCCCAGCAUGAAAAGCUGGUCCUCAAGCAAGAGAUGGAAAACAAGAGCAAGUUUUUGGAAGAUGCCCAAAAGCAGCUGGAAGAAGUUAGAGUGAAUAGAGAGAGAGUGGACCAAGAUGUCAUGUUGGCCCAACGGAAACUCCAACAAGCUAGCACCAAUGUAAAGCACUGGAAUGUCCAGAUGAAUCGGCUGAUGCAUCCCAUUGCACCAGGAGGGAAGCGUACAGUAGCAAGUGGUGGGUUCUCUGGCUUCAAUCCUGAACUCUUGUCCAGGAGAGAUUCUUCUCUCAAACUGAAGCAGAGUCUGGAAAAGAAGAAAUCUGAUGCCCUGAAGGAUCAAAGCAAGGAAAAUGUAAAUGGAGAGACUGAGAAGCAGCUGCAAACUCCUGAUAAGGAUAAUCCUAGCUCAGCAACUCUCUGAUUAGCCACAGAAGAGAGGCAAACCAACAUGUUGAAAUUUAGGGACCAGGAAGUAAACAUCAUGACAGCUUGACGCUAAAGUUAUAGUGUAUAUAUACAUAAGAAUGCAGGACAGAUGUAAAGAUUGUAUAGGAAAGUAAGGUCAUGAUUCUACUCUAUUCGGCCAAGGGCUAUGCUGGUAUCGGUUUUUACAGCACUAGAGCAGCACCUGAUGUAUAUAAGAUGGACAAAAUGAAGACUUCCUUAUCCAAAAUACAGAAGUGUAGUUCUUUGGGAUUACCGCUUCCAGGGGCGUAGCAAGGUUGGAGUGGGCCCAGGGACAAAUAAUGAAAAUGGGCCCUUGCCUCCCCACCUUCUUCAGAGGUAGGGGAGCGGGAAGCAAAGAGCAAGCUGUCACUGAGCUGACAGGCCCAUUCGCCCUUAGUUGUGGCUACACCCCUGCACAGAACUGCUCCAGGUAUAUAGCUCAUAUAUUUCAGUUUCUUCUUACAAACAAGCAAGUAUUCUAGUCGCUAACUAAGCAAAGAGGCAUCUUUUUCAAGUGAUGAUUCUCUUACAUUUAGCAAGAGGAGAGCAACUGGCCCUAUCCAACCCCCCAGCACGGCACCUCUCCAGUUGCUGUUGCUGGUGUCUACCUUGUGCUUUUGUUUUUAAGAUUGUGAGCCCUUUGGGAACAGGGAACCAUUUUAUUUAUGUUUGUUUUUCUGUGUAAACCACUUUGGAAAUUUUGGUUGAAAAGCUGUAUAUAAAUGUGUGUAGUAGUAGCAGUUAUAAAAUUGCUUAGUUAUAAAUGAUAAAAUAUGAAACCUGUCAAUUUUAGACUUCAGGAGACCUCCAGGCUUGCAGGGGUAAGGAAAAUUUGGUUGUUUUGAAUUUGCCAAGAGCAGGGACAGAAAAUAAUACCUGCCCUCACAAACAAAGGACUCCAGCAAAAAGCAAAUACUACAAAUUGUCUUUUCAACAAGCCUUGAGACAAGUAUCUUUUCUCAGACGUGAACUUCUCCCAACUUGCAAAAUCGUGCCCAGAAUCUUAACCUGGACCUGAAGCAUGCAUCCCUUUCUACAUGCUUCAAGACCACCCACCCCCCUCCACUUCAGACUCAAGUGAUGCAAUGAUGAAAUAAGCAACAAAGACAAUAGAAGUGUAAGACUGUGUCUGACUUCCAGAGCUGCCAACUCUGACAGAAGUGAUUCCUGGAGAUUUCCCCGACUCCAGUAUUAUGCACAAUAUCUAGACUGCUUCAAUAUGCUGAUUUUUGGAGACUCCCAGGUCAGACCUAGAGGAUUGACAGCCCUACAUGACUUCAUUAACCUGAGGCAUCUUUGUUGUUUGUCUGGGAGGAGUUAACAGAAAUCUGACAACAUCCUCCUCCCAAUCCUCAUCCUCCCCUUCCUCACUCCAUGCAAUUGUGACUUGGGAUACACCACUGGAAAUGGGGAAUCUGAAGUGAAUUUUAAGUUGCCUCCAAUGGGAAGCAGGCAAGCCCCUUCUAAAAUGAACAAACCCCAAGACUUUUCUGCUGCUGGAAUUUGGCAACAGAGGCUUCUCCCACUCCCCUCUCUUCCCCUCCCCUCAAAAAAAGAGAAACAAAGAAAUUUCUUGUCCUGUGCUUCUUGUGGUAGGGUGAAGUACUCUCUCCUGUGUGACCAGGCAGGGAGAGAGGAAGAUAUGGGCUCCCUGAGAAACAGCUGCACUGCAGCAAAGUCAAUAGGUUAGAGAUCACCUCUGCUCCUCAUGCAGACCUGGAAAGGAGUUAAAGCUGGGUAAAAGGGAGGCUACAUUAUUUAUGGGGGCUUUAAAGAACCCCUGAAACAGCUCCAGGCAAUAUUAGGCACAAUAGCAGAGCACAUGUAUGUGUGUUUACCACAUGGAGCUUCUUCUGUGAUAGGAGAGAAGUGGUGCUAGGGUCCACAAGGUUCCAGGAAAUGAAACAGAUGGGAUGUCAUGCACACCUCCUUUCAGCUAUCUCUUUGGCACCAGUACCCAUGCAGCACUAGUAUGAAGGAAAGGGGGUGCUAGGGACCACAAAGAAAGCAAAUAUAUAGUGUGGCUUGACUUGGCAUUCUCCAACAUUGGGUGCUCCACUCCAGUCAGUGGUACAGAGACACAAAAUUUUCACACAGGCAGUGGGGCGAGCCUCUUGCGGUCCCCAACAGCUCCUGCAAGCAGGGAUGGUCUAAGGACAUUUGUCCUCUCCUGCUCCAUUACAGCCAUAUGCCUGACUGUUUCCCUGUGGCACAUUCUGCUUGGCCUCAGCAGAUAAAGGAAACGAUUGGUUGCAA